AUGUCGCGCCACGACUCGGACGCACGCGUGCAGGCGCUGGCGAGCGAGGCGCUCGUCUGGAAUCCGGCGCCCACGUGCAACUUUGGUGCGCGGUUCCGGCGCCAGGACGGCGCCUGCAACAACCGGCAGCACCCGACCUGGGGCGCCUCAGACACAGCGAUUGCGCGAUACGCCGCCAGCACGUACGACGACGGCUUCAUGGACCACGACAUCACGCUGUCGCCGGUGCAGCUCGCCGCGCCGGGCGUUGAGCUCGACUGUUGCGUCGACGGCGUCGUCGCUGAAAACGCGCACCCACGCUGCCUGCCGAUCGACGUGCCAGGAGACGACCCGUUUUACGGGGCGCUGGGCCAGCGCUGCAUGGAGUUUGCGCGCUCGGUGCCGGCCGUGCCGCGCGGCUGCUCUCCUGGCCCAGCCAACCCCGUCAACGUGCUCACCGCCUUCAUCGACGGCAGCGGCGUGUACGGGUCUCGCGUGUCACGCGCGGCGGAGGUGCGUGCCGAACAGGGCGGCCUCCUGCUGACGCAGGGGGCCGUGGGGGAUACACUGCUGCCGCCUGACCCUCCCGGCGUCCAGAUCGACACGGAGAAUCCUUGCUUCAGCCCCGACCCGACGGGACAGCCCUGCUUCCUGGCCGGCGACGUGCGCGCCACGGAGCAGAGCGGCCUCGCCACGCUGCACACUAUCUGGAUGCGUGAGCACAACCGACUGGCAAGCCGCCUGGCGCGUUUCAACCCGCAUUGGGACGACGAGCGGCUCUUCCAGGAGGCGCGCCGCAUUGUCGGCGCCGAGAUCCAGCACAUCACGUACAACGAGUGGCUGCCGCUGCUGGUUGGCGAGGCAUUCAUGCGGCGCAUGCGCAUCGGCACGCAGAGCUCAAGUCGCUACUCGAAUCGUGUCAACCCCAACAUCGCCACCGAGUUUUUGACGGCCGCGUUCCGCGUGGGCCACACACUGCUCCAGGGCCAACUUGAGCUGUACCGCCGCGUCGCCAGCUCCUCGGUCAGCCUGCGCAUCAACCUGCGCGACGUGUUCUUCGACCCGACGCUGAUCUACGACGGCCGGCUGGACCAGAUCGCCAUCGGCAUGAUCACGCAGCACCCGCAGACGUGCGACGCCAACAUCGCCGAGGACCUGACCGAGUUCCUUUUCCAGGGGGAGGGCCACGCCUUCGGGCUCGACCUCAUCUCUCUGAACGUGCAGCGAGGCCGCGACCACGGCAUCGCCACCUAUAAUACGAUGCGCGCGCUGUGCGGCCUGCCGCGCGUCACAAGCUUCAGGCAGCUGCGGCGGCAGAUGCCGGCUGAUGUCGUGCGCCGCCUCCGCAGGGUGUACGCGCACGUCGACGACAUCGACUUGUUCGUCGGCGCCGUGUCCGAGCGACAGGCGCAAGGCGCGGCGGUAGGUCCGACCAUCCGCUGCAUCGUCGGCGACCAGUUCGCACGGCUGCGCUGGGGAGACAACUUCUUCUACGACCUCGGCGGCCGGCCGUGAAGCUUCACGCGUGCCCAGCUGAACCAGGUGCACAAGGUGACGUGGGCCCGCGUGCUCUGCGACAACAUCAGCAGCAUCCGGAGAAUCCAGCCCAGAGCCUUCCGGGCGGUCGGCAGAGGCAACCGCAUCAGGUCGUGCGGAAGGUUGCCAAAAAUGAAUCUGCGCGCCUGGAGGUCCGCCAACUGAGACGACCGGCGCGCUUGGAGGACAUCAGAUGACUAACCGUCAGACAUCGAGGGGAUUUUGGGCAUCUUUUACGCUUAAUAGAUACUUUGCGGGUUGUGGUAUGUGUGGCCUACUAUGUUUGCUUACCUCACUGCAUUUUAUGCUUUGGCGAAGCGGUUUUCCGUGCAAUGGCUUCCUUUGGUGUUUUUACCAACCAUCUAUUGCUGCCGCUCAUAAACAAACACGAGUGUGCGUGUGAUGAUGCUCAACAACAUGGUGAACACAACAUGAUCACCAUUGGACUGUGUUGAAUUCGAUGCGCCUUCCCGUCCAUCCUUCAGCACUGAGAGUAU